AUGGAAUCAGGCACUUCAACAGAUUACACUUAUUCUGCAACAACUGAUGCAAAAACAGAAAGCAAUGUAAAGGAGCCGAAGGCACCUGAAGGUACCUUGUUACGACAAGUUCAAGAUGCUAAGGAAAGUAUCUCUGUUCUUAAGAACCAGGUCUCCUUUGCAGAUCAGUGCCUGAGCCUGCUUCAUAAUCAGAUGAAACAUGCCUCAGACACUCUAGCCAUUCUUCAGGAUCAAGUUGAGUUAGCUCAGAAAACAGUAAACUCUUUGAGUCUAGGAACUGCAGCUGGGCUAACAAUUCAAAAUCCACAAGCAACUGUGGCCCCAGCAUUGUCAACAGCCAGCAGAUCUCAUCCUUCUUGGAUUAAUCCCCAAUCUGGUGAAUCGGAUGAGCAACGGGUGUUUGUUCAUGACUGUGAAGGACCAAAAGUCUAUACAUUGAGCAAAUCAAGCAUCUCGUUGGGAAAUCCAGCUGUGUCAGAAUGCUCUGUGUCACAUGAUCAUGGACAGGUACCAUGUGUUGUUCAUCAAGUGCCAGUACAUUGUCACUGUCCAGCUUGCCUUUCUCACACAAGUGUUAACCGUGUGCCACAGCCUUGCCAUCCUUCUCCUCACAGUACCACCACAGGUACACCAGUAGUGCAAGUUAGCCCAGAAAUGCCACCAGCACCUCAAACUGUCAGUGCAGUGUCCAGUCAAGAAGUGACAACGGAUGCGUCUAAUAACCAAGCAAAGAUGCUUCAUUUAAGUCCUUCAAAAAGUGCAUCAAGUCAUGAACAUGACAAGAACAGUCCAGGAGAUGAUAAAAGCUGUACCAAAAAAGAAUCAGUAACGACAUCGCCCAUGGCACACCAGCUUCUACAAGUGAUUGAUGUUUUGCAAACUGAAGAUGAUGAUGAUGGCGGCAGUGCUAUUAGGUCUACAAAGACAUCUCUCGCAUCAUUGUUACAUGGUGUCAGUAUUCCUCAGACUUCCCCAUAUGGACAUGGUGCAUUCUCCUGGCAGAGGGUGUCACGUCGCAAUCGCAAACAGAAUGUGAGUCCUUUAAAAAUAGCUUUGUCACAUUCACUGGUAUCUCCUGACAAGCAGUCCUCAGGUAAAUGCUGUUUUAUAUUGAAAUUGAAAAAUUAUGAAAUGCGGCUACAUGCUGUCCAGUUUGGAAAUAAUUGGAUGAAAAUCAUGGCGAGGAUUUUGAAUCCAAUUACUUCCAACGUGGAGAGCAUUCAGUCUUCUUACUUAGUGUCCCCUUGUUAAUGUAGUGGUUCUUCUACUGCUACAUUAGUCAGUUGACACUUAAAUAAAGGUAUUCAUUCAUUAUCAUCAUGCACUGUACAGUUAAUCAUGAUUUGUCAACAUAACUUUGAUGUGAAGUAAACAAUAGUGUACACCCUCAAUGUUUGUUGUUGGAACAAAAGCGUACACAAGGAAAAUUCAUCAAGGCAUAUUUUAACAGAUACUGCCAACUCACUAUUCUCAAAGACAAACUUAGUCUUACUUUUUCAGAUCUUGAAAUUUGUUUCAAUAUAACAGUUUACUUCAGUUCAAAAAGCGCUUGUGCAACAAAAGGUGAACUGGUAAAAAGUUCCUUUUUGUUUGUAAAGAAGAACAACAACAGCAGCAGAAAUAACUAUGUAAAUUAAACCUAGAACAAGAAGUAAAACUAUUGGGAAUACUUCACUUUUCACAUGUCACUUAGCACAAAUUCUGUCAUUGGUGAUAUCGGUCCGAAAAGGUGCGUUCAAAUGCAAAUAAGUUGCAAACUCCAAAGUUCUGUCUAUUGAUAAAAAAGAGAGGCAUAAAUUAUUUUUUUCGUGUAUUGGCCAUUGCCGUAGCCAUGCAUGCAACACUUUUUUACCUGAAAAAAUGUACUGAACAUCAAAUGAAUGUUUCCUUUUCUAGUGAGAACGGUGUGUAGAGAUCAUCCAGAAUUAAUGCGAGUUCCAGCUCCAGUUUUGGCAUCCAGUCUUGAGCCUGAGUUCCUGGUCGUACCGACCAGCAGUUUC